UAAUAAUAUAUAUUAAUAAUUUAAUGUAAAAGAGUUUGAGCAAUUCAUUCCGUAUAUUCUAUAAUUAAUAUAUUAGUUAUUAUUGACAAAAAGAUAUUAAUUAUUUAAUUUAAAAUAUAUAUAUAUAUAUAUAUAUAUAUAUGUAAUCAAAAUAUCAAUAUAAUUAAUUGUAAGAGCAUUAUUUUAUGUAAGAUAUGAAUGCUAACAUUAAAUACAUCCAACAACCCAUUAAAACUUUAACUUUCGGCAUGGAAAUUUUGUAAUGCAAUGCCCUUCACUUAGCCACAUAGGAAACUGUAAAUCAAACUUCAUUUAUUUUUGGAAACAGUUAUAAUGCUUAAUACAUAUGUUAAUAAUAUAUAUUAAUAAUUUAAUGUAAAAGAGUUUGAACAAUUCAUUCCGUAUAUUCUAUAAUUAAUAUAUUAGUUAUUAUUGACAAAAAGAUAUUAAUUAUUUAAUUUUAAAAAAAUAAAAAUAUAUGUAAUCAAAAUAUCAAUAUAAUUAAUUGUAAAAGCAUUAUUUUAUGUAAGAUAUGAAUGCUAACAUUAAAUACAUCCAACAACCCAUUAAAACUUUAACUUUCGGCAUGGAAAUUUUGUAAUGCAAUGCCCUUCACUUAGCCACAUAGGAAACUGUAAAUCAAACUUCAUUUAUUUUUGGAAACAGUUAUGAUGCUUAAUACAUAUGUUAAUAAUAUAUAUUAAUAAUUUAAUGUAAAAGAGUUUGAGCAAUUUAUUCCGUAUAUUCUUGUUCCGGUUUGGAAUUAGGGAUCGAACCAGAACCGAGAAUCAACUCUAUUGUAAAGAAUUUCUUCUCUUUCACCCGUCCAAAAAACUCUCCUCUUUCCUUAAUCCCUCAUGUAUAUAUAUAGGGUCUUUCAAUCUUAAAACUGCUAUCUUACUGUCAGAUAUUUAGCUAACCAACCUAUCCACUUCUCCACUAUUCUCUCCUGAAAUCUCGCAUGGGGGGUGGUUAUUCCUAAAAUCUAGGGAUAUUUGCUCGUCACCUCGGCCUAAAUGAUCGUCACAUCGGCCACGUCGGCUUAAAUGAUCGUCACCUCGGCUACAUCGGCCUAAAUGCUCGUCACCUCAGCCACCUCGGCCCAAAUGUUCGUCACCUCGGCCUGUGACUGAGACUCGUUUUAUGAUAAAUAUUUAUCGAGUCGAAAUCCAAAUGAGCAUGUUGAGGUCGGCCAUUCCCUGGACAGUACAUAGUCCUCCAACCUUGAGUCCUCAACUUGCUGGGAUGAACGGUUGUCAUAAACCGUCCAUAUAUUCUAGUAUAGGACAAGUAAAUAUAUAACAUGAUAAAGUUGAGGUCAGUGCAAGGGAGACCUCGACAUAGAUAAGUAAAACGAUCAAGCUGAGGUCGGCAUGAGGGAGACCUCAACAUACGAGGUCGGCCCGAGGGAGACCUUGACAUAAGAUGAGUAAAACGAUCAAGUUGAGGUCGGCUUGAGGGAGACCUCAACAUAUGAGGUAGGCCCGAGGGAGACCUCGACAUAAGAUAAGUAAAACGAUCAAGCUGAGGUUGGCCUGAGGGAGACCUCAAAAUAUGAGGUCGGCCUGAGGGAGACCUCGACAUAAGAUAAGUAUAACGAUCAAGCUGAGGUUGGCAUUAGGGAGACCUCAACAUAUGAGGUCGGCCCGAGGGGGACCUCAACAUAAGAUAACUAAAACGAUAAAGCCAAGGUCGGCCUGAGGGAGACCUCAACAUAUGAGGUCGGUCCGAGGGAGACCUCGACAUAAGAUAAGUAAAACGAUCAAGCAUAGGUCGGCCUAAGGGAGAGCUAAAAAUAUGAUAAGUAAAAUGAUCAAGCAUAGGUCGGCCUGAAGGAGACCUCAACAUAUGAGGUCGGCCCGAGGGAGACCUCGACGUACAAAAGAUAAACUGAGUUGAGGUCAUUCUACUAAAGCUCUCAACGUACUAUGGUAUUCUCUCGCUCGUAGCUAGGUCGGAUCCGAGUUUAGCCCUCAAUGUACUAAGGUAUUCUCUUGCUUGUAGCGAGGUCAGAUACGAGUUUAGUCCUCAGCGUACUGAGGUAUUCUCUCACACGUAGCGAGGUCAGAUCCAAGUUUAGUCCUCAGCGUACUGAGGUAUUCUCUCGCACGUAGCGAGGUCGGAACCAAGUUGAGUCCUCAACGUACUGAGAUAUUCUCUCGCACGUAGCGAGGUCGAAUCCGAGUUAAAUCCUCAGCAUACUGAGAUAUUUUCUCACAUGUAGCGAGGUCGAAUCCGAGUUUAGUCCUUAGCAUACUGAGGUAUGCUCUCGCACGUAGCGAGGUCGGAUCCGAGUUUAGUCCUCAGCGUACUGAGGUAUUCUUUCGCUCGUAGCGAGGUCGGAUCCGAGUUUAGUCCUCAGUGUACUGAGGUAUUCUCUUGCACGUACCGAGGUCGGAUCUGAGUUUAGUCCUCAACGUAAUGAGAUAUUCUCUCGCACGUAGCGAGGUCGGAUCCGAGUUGUCAUACAUUUUUGUUUUGCGCGGGCAUACCUGCUUUUUAGUCGAGUUUGAGUGUCUUUUGGUUCUUUGUAAAAUUGGUAAUUCAUGAGCUCUUAAUGUUACGUAAAAUAAUACAACUAAAAAGUUUAUAAAGAGGAUACAAUUGAGAUCGACAAAGAGCAUACAUCUCCGUUCAACUUCGUGCUUGAGGGGAUAUUUUUGGCUAACUGACGUCAGCCCACUUCCUGCUACGAGGUCGGUCCCGAGCCUACCUCUCUGUCCAGCAUCGUGCUUGUGGAGGAGACCCAGAGCUGACUGUCGUCGAACCCCUUCUUGCUUCGAGGUCGGCCUAGAGCUCACCUCUCUAUUUAGCUUCGUCAAGACUGCCAUCGCUGAAACAUCAUCAGGGAUCAUCGCAAGCCCUCGUCGUCGAGAAUCAAAAGACCUUUGUCGUCUCUUCUAUGUUGCCAACUCCGCCAUAGAUGCUUUCUUUGUGGAGUACUUUAUCAUCGUGAUUUUUUCACAUUAUUGUGGUUGGGACCUCAUUUUACUAGGGCCCCACGGUGGGCGCCAAUGUUCCGGUCUGGAAUUAGGGACCGAACCAGAACUGAGAAUCAACUCUGCCGUAAAUAAUUUCUUCUCUUUCACCCGUCCGAAAAACUCUCCUCUUUCCUUAAUCCCUCAUGUAUAUAUAUAGGGUCUUUCAAUCUUAAAACUACUAUCUUACUGCCAGAUCUUUAGCUAACCAACCUAUCCACUUCUCCAUUAUUCUCUCCUGAAAUCUCACAUGGGGGGAGGGUGGUUAUUCCUAAAAUCUAGGGAUAUUUGCUCGUCACCUCGGUCACCUCGGCCUAAAUGAUCGUCAUAUCGGCCACAUCGGCCACAUCGGCCUAAAUGAUUGUCACCUCGGCCACAUCGGCCUAAAUGAUCGUCACCUUGGCCACAUCGGCCUAAAUGCUCGUCACCUCAGCCACCUCGGCCCAAAUGCUCGUCACCUCGGUCUGUAACUGAGACUCGUUUUAUGAUAAAUAUUUAUCGAGUCGGAAUCCAAAUGAGCAUGUUGAGAUCGACCAUUCUCUGGAUGGUACAAUUCUAUAAUUAAUAUAUUAGUUAUUAUUGACAAAAAGAUAUUAAUUAUUUUAAUUUUAAAAAAAUAAAAAUAUAUGUAAUCAAAAUAUCAAUAUAAUUAAUUGUAAAAGCAUUAUUUUAUGUAAGAUAUGAAUGCUAACCUUAGAUACAUCCAACAACCCAUUAAAACUUUAACUUUCGGCAUGGAAAUUUUGUAAUGCAAUGCCCUUCACUUAGCCACAUAGGAAACUGUAAAUCAAACUUCAUUUAUUUUUGGAAACAGUUAUAGUUAUAUUUAUAAAAUUUAAUUCGCUGAUUGAAAGAAAAAGCCCUUCAUAAAGUCUAGCCGUUCUUGCUCCAUUUGGAUCCACCAUCAUAGCUUGGACAUCAACCACUCAUCAAUAUACAGUUAUUUUAAUGUAACUUUGACAUAAAUCUUGGACAAGUGGGGACACAAAAAGUCUUCCAAACUCGCACAUCAUUAUAAGAACCGUUUUUGUUCGUUCCUAAACGAGCAAGAACAUCCUCAGAGAUCGAUAACAUGGCUUCAUCAUCUCCCUCUCCACCGUUUACGAUGCAUAAGUGCAAACCUGAGCUUGUGGCUCCUUCAAUACCCACUCCCGACGAAACUAAACUACUAUCUGAAAUAGAUGAUCAAAACUACCUCCGUUUCCAUUAUUCAAUCAUACAAAUCUAUCAAAAUGAAUCAUCAAUGGCGAAUAAAGACCCGGUAAGAGUGAUUCGGCAGGCACUGGCACAAGCACUUGUUUUCUAUUACCCAUUUGCGGGUAGGCUCAGGGAGGGUCGUGCCCACAAAUUAAUGGUGGAUUGCACCGGAGAAGGUGUCAUGUUCGUUGAGGCUGAUGCUGACGUAACACUCGAUCAGUUUGGUGAUAAUCUUCAACCUCCAUUCAUACACUCUAAGUCAUUUAUGUGUGAUGUUGCAGAAUCCGAAGAUAUUAAAAAUCUGCCUCUUCUACUCAUCCAGGUGACAAGACUCAAGUGUGGUGGUUUCGUGGUGUCGACAGGGUGGAACCACGUGAUGGCAGACGGAGCUGGUUUGUCACAGUUCAUGCAAGCAUGGGCUGAAAUGGCACGAGGUAUAAAGACUCCUUCGAUCUCACCUCUCUGGAGAAGGGAGCUCCUAAUGGCAAGAGAUCCACCUCGCAUUACAUGCAACCAUCGUGAAUACGACCAAAUCCAAGACAACCUCAGUUCCUCCGACCUCGACCUGGUUCAUCGAUCAUUCUUCUUCGGACCUACUCAGAUGGCUGCCCUUCGUGGCUCGCUUCCCCGUGAGCUUCGACAGUGCACCGCAUUCGAUCUCAUCACGGCGUGCUUCUGGCGUUGCCGCACAAGAGCACUGCAAAUAGACCCAAACGAGGAUGUUCGCAUGAUGUGCAUCGUGAACGCGCGUAACAGGUUCCGUCCUCCGUUACCUGUUGGUUACUACGGCAACGCUUUUGCAUACCCCGCCGCAAUGGCCACCGCCGGGAAGCUCUGCGCAAAUCCAUACGCGUAUGCGGUGGAGUUGAUUCACAAUGUGAAGGGUGCGGUGACGGAGGAGUAUAUGCAUUCGGUGGCGGAUCUGAUGGUGCUUAAGGGACGGUGCAUGCCCACAACGGUAAGGUCUUGUUUGGUGUCGGAUCUGACUCGUGCUAGGUUCAGGGACGUGGAUUUUGGGUGGGGCAAGGCUUUGUCUGGUGCACCAGCCAAAGGUAGCACUGGACCCUUUUACGGAGGAACACACAUUGUGUCGUAUAAGAAUUCGAACGGAGUAGAUGGGUUGGUGUUACCGGUUUGGAUGCCCGCAAAAGCCAUGCCCAUGUUUGUGAAAGAGAUGGAAGAUCUGAUGAGUGGCAACCAAAAACAGCUGAACCACCCUACAAAAACUGCUGCUUUUAUCAGGUCUACCAUGUAGCUAUACUAUGAAACUCUCUGUAUUUUCUCUCUUUAAGCUCUGUUUGGAUUGAUGGUUGGUGGUACAACGGAGAAGAAGAGAAUCGAAGGGAAAAAUAUUCCAUUGGAUUGUAACAGUAAAGAGGAAACACAAAGGAAAAUGAUGAUCCAUGAUCCAUUGUAUUACCUAUCCCUUUGUGUUCCUGUCUAUUAUUGAUGGAUAAUUCUAAAUUACUGAAUGAAAAAUAACACUUUUAUCAUUGUCGUAAGCUGUAAUAAGUUAAGUUAAUAUCGUUGUUGAU